CUCAGGGUAUCGUCGGACACUGAGGAAUACAAGAACAAAACCGACAAGCUAAAGACAGACGAGGAACCAUGGCAGCAGAGAACACCGGAUUAUGGGACCGAGAAGAUGAAAGACGAUGAGGUGGCAAGUACUCUGAAAGGUUGGGAUGUCAAGGACAAGGAGCCCCAUGAGUUCCCUCCGGUGGACGUGGAGAGGAAGUUGAACAUCUCUACGCAAGAUGGUAAAAGGGAGACAAAUGUGAAUCCUUCUACUAAACGACAAAAUACCAAGGUGGUUAACGAUCCAGUGCACGGCCAUAUAAAACUUGUUCCUCUUUGUGUCGCCAUCAUGGACACUCCACAGUUCCAUAGACUGAGGUACCUGAAACAGAUGGGCACUUGCGACUUUGUCUACCCUGCCGCAGUCCACACCCGCUUUGAACACUCCUUGGGGUGUACCAUCUAGCUGAGCUGCUGAUUACCAGUUUACGAGAGAGACAACCGGAGCUCAACAUCACUGAUGAAGACGUGUUGUGCGUACAGAUUGCGGGCCUUUGUAACGACCUGGGUCACGGCCCCUUCUCGCAAACCUUUGACACUAUUUUCAUUCCAUCUGCCGACAGAAACAAAAGAUGGAGACACGAACAGGCGUCUGCUGCCAUGUUUGAGUACAUGUACGAGGAUCCCGCUAACAACUUGGCCAGCAAGUUCGAGGAGUGUGGUCUGGAUGAGACUGAUCGCAUUUUCAUCAAGGAACAAAUCGCUGGACCGCUUGUUGAAGACAACAGUGAUUGGCCUUAUUAUGGAAGACCACAGGAAAAGGCUUUUUUGUAUGAUGUAAGGAAAUGAGCUGACACGAUUCCUUAUUGUAGCCAACCGGAGAAAUGGUAUCGAUGUCGACAAAUGGGACUCUAUCAGAAGGGACUGUUUCAUCUGGGGAUGGAGAGCAACUUCGACCAUCUACGAUUAAUUAACUUCGCGCGAGUUAUUCGCGUGGAUGACAGCAAAGAAACUCAAAUAUGCCUUCGAGAUAAAGAGGCGUUCGGAAUUUACCAGAUGUAUUUUAUUCACUAUUCGGUUCACAAGACAGCCUAUAAACACAGAGUAACCAGCGCUAUAAGCCUUAUGAUCGCAGAUGCACUGAAAGAGGCAAACAGUGUAAUAAAGAUGCCAAAAAGAGAUGGUACAAUGGUCAUGAUGUCAGAGUGCAUCAAGGAAAAGAACAUGGACGCCUACUUAAAUCUAACAGACGAGGUCAUCCGUCAGAUUCUCCUGAACCCUGACCCGCGUCUCGAAAUAGCACGACAACUUGUGCGAGAUGUGUGGCGCCGGAAGUUGUACAUGUUUGUUAUUGAGAGUACCCCCAUUCAAAGCAGACGAUUUACACAUGAACAGGAAGAUGAAAUCAGAGAUGGGAUACUUAAUGUCCUAAAGCAGAAGAAAAAUUCUGUUCUUCGCAAGGAGCAUGUCAUCAUUGAGCUAGUGAACUUUAGUUUUGGGAUCGAAGAACCCCAUGGAGAACAUUUACUUCUAUUCCAAAGCCAACCCAACCGUUGGGAAACGUCAAUCUGCAGAGCAGAUUACAUAUCUCAUGCCAAAAACUUCUGAAGUAACAGUUGAAUUCGGGUAUUUUUAAAGCCAAGUGAGUCUGACGCUGAUGGAGAUAAACAGAAAUGUCAAGAUCUGUGGGAGGCCUUUGAAGAGUGGUUUAAAGAAAAACUGCAGAAGGGAGACGCACAACUCCACAGCCCCACGUGAUCACCGUCUCUGUGGCACUGCAACUGUGAUAGAAACCUGGGCAGCAUUGUCUCAUGUUUCAUUUGCUUUAUUUUCUUAAUUAUUCGCCAUUGCCAUUCAAAAAUCUUAACAUAAAGCUCAAAUCUAUUUUUAAAGUGGUUUUCUUUGAAAAGAACAAGUUCAGUACUUUGAAGAAUUAGCCAAUACGUGGCUUCAUGCAUCUUCAAUGUAUGUUCCUAAGACUGGUAUCGAAACAUUCUUCUAGUGGCCGAUAUUUGUUGUGUUGGGUGGGGUGUCCAUUGAAUUCGGUAAGAGUACAAAACAUGUUAUACUUAUCCCUUGAAUAUUGUCAGAUUUCAUAAAAGAUGAUUUUUUUGUGCAAAAUUAUUGACUAUAUUGCUAGUAAAACUUUAGUAGAAUUUGUUCGCAAACUUUGAUAAAUAAUGUAAGCACACAAGGAUGUCUUAAGUAAAAAAUAACUAGCUAAUAUUCACUAAUACUCACAAUACAUGAUGCGUAAUACUCAACACCAGCAUUGCAUUUAUUUCUUGUAUCUUAGUGACCAGGUUACAUUCACUUGUUACAUUGCUAUGCACUUUUUGCAGACCAUAAAAUAAUUCAUGUCAUUGCUGUGUCACUGAAAUAAAAAAACCUA